ACAUCGUCUUUACGACGAAUUUUUUUUGUCGUUACCUUACGACGAAAUAACGAUGCUUUUCUUUCUCAACGUAAUUUCCUCGCAAAAUCAACGUUUUUUUACGAGGAAUAUUUUUCCUCGUUAAACUUCCUCGGUAAAGAUACGUUUUCUUGUAGUGUGCCUUGUCCUGCAAACUCAGAGUCAUAGUCCAACUUCACUCUCACUCUUAACUUCUUCAAAACAGUAUAUGUUUUUGUAACUUGUUGUUUUAUCUAAUACGAGUAGUGUCUCUUUUUUUUAGUAAACAAACUUAGUAUCUAAUACGCGGGUCUCAUCCUAGUUAUUUAAUUAUUUUGUUUGUCGAUUUAAAAGGAGCCCAACAUUAGUAUGAUCUUUUAAGAGUAGUUUCUCUUGCAUCUAUGUUUGACCAAUAUGCAAAUCCGGUUUAUAUAUAUAUAUUAAUCAAAUCAAAUAUAAUGUGAUUGUCAAUCACGUUUGAAAAGAAAAAUCCUUUGUUUUUCAUUUCACAUCGUCAUCCUUCGAAGUACCAUUUAUCCCACUAAGUUAAAUAAUGAUUUACAGAAAAGGUUAUGUUUAAAUAAUGACUCUGGAUCGCUGACAAGGUUCACGCCUCCGAUUAACCACUCGGUCAUUGUGAAGUCUUUCGGCGUGUUAUCUCCGAGAACCAAAGAACAAAACUCGGUUGAACUUGGUUCAUCUUUUUAUGGCAAGUGGAUGGUGCGGACUUGGUUGAGCCUUGGGACUGCGGUGGUGGUUGUUGUGUCUGCUUUAUCUGUUGUAACCAGAUCGAAUUUAUGUUUAGAUUUUUCUUUUCUUUUCUGCUUCUUGCUAACCUUGUGUUUUUAUCAAAAACAAAAAGUUGAUAAUAAUAUCUUAGUAUUUUUACCAAAAAAAAAAAAGAACAAAACUCUUUUUUGCCGGCCGCUAAUCUUCUCCUCCUAACGAUUUCAUCGCUGCAUGAAAGGUAGAUCCAUGAUGAAGGAAGCGUCUCUCCGCAUCAUGAGCUUUCACCAAGAAGCAAUCGUCAUAGAUAUAAAAAACAGAAACAAAAAUUGAACCCUAGAAGCUGACUCUCCCCGCAUCAGCUCCACCAUAAGUUUCGCCGCUACUCAACAACUGCUCCUAAUCACAAAGUUUUGUGUUCCAACAAAUAUAAAUUUAACGUUUCUAAUUUUGAAAUAUGUUAAGGGUAGAAGAUGACUGACAGUUUAAAAAUUGGGUCGUAUUUGUUCUUCUUCUGGUUGUAUAAAUAAGAUUGUGAAUGAUCGUUCGGUCAAAAUGUUAACAAGUGAUUUACCUGUUGACUUAUUUACGUUUUGUUGACCAAUGACCGUUCAUUGGAUCCGAUCAUCCUUUGAAGUACCAUAUUGAAACUUGAAAGUCAAGUCUGUGUAGUAUUUGUUAACAACACAGCCGAGUAAAACGAUGUGUUUAAGCACCGAAUCCUCAAGCAAAACAGCCUUUUUAUAACUUGAGCCGAACUGUAAGUUUUAGAUUCCGGUCACUCGCGGCACUGAUUGGUGGCAUAUUCUCCUGCACAUAUCCUGACCGUCCAAUAAGAAGAAAAGGAAAAUCUCAAACCGAAAAAAAAAAUGGAAAUCCCAAACAGAAAAAUGAAAUUAAUCGUAACCUGACCGUUGAAAUUCAUUCGAUCACAUCUUGACCGUCCAUUUUUAAUAGGAAAAAAGGAAAUCUGAAAGAGAAAAAAAAAAGGAAAUUAAUCAUAUUAUGACGGUUGAAAUAUUCUCUAUAUAAUCAAUCAUCAUAAAGCUUAGAGCUAAUCUCACUCGGCAACAACUCAAAGUUUCCUUUUUUUACUCUCUCUCUCGCUCUCUGUCUCUCGAUUUCUAUUCUCAGAAGUUUAGGUUUACUUCCAGUUCUGUCUUCUGUGCUUCUUCAUCUUCUGUCUUAACCCAGAAAUCAAGUCUAGGGUUUUACUACCACCACCGAUAACUAAGAAGGAUGAUUAGCAAACUCUCAACGUCUUCGUUCUACAUCCAGUUAUAUCAGAUCAUCGAGGAUCGCUCGUCGGAUCAGAUCAUCUCGUGGAACAAAAGCAACAACAACAGUUUCAUCGUUUGGGACUUGAAAAAGCUUCGCAGCGACAUUCUUUCCAAAUACUCCUCUGUAUUGGGCAGAAACUUGACAGAGUUUAUCGCAAAGCUUCGCUCUCAUGGCUUUAGAAGUGUCGUCAAGGGCCCUGGGGAGUUGGAGUUCUCGCAUGAUGAUUUCGCGAGAAGCCCUCUGAUGAAGAAGAUGAUGGUCAAAGCCUUGUCGGAGAGGAUUGAAAAGUUUGAUGCUCAGAUCAAAGCCAUGAAGUGUAGACUCAAAGCCAAGAAAGCUACCCUCAACGUUGAGAAUCUCUUUCAAAACCUACGUAUCUGACCAACCAAGAAAACACAGAGUUCGUCGAAAGUAGAGAAUCUCUUGCAUAGUUUAAGGAUCUGUUCAAAGAUCCAUCUCUUCUUGUAAUGAUUCUUUUUUCAGAAACGUUAUAUGUUUUGUAGUAUCUUGUUCUAUGUAAUAAGAAAUUAAGAAUAGUAUCUCUUGUGUCUAUGAUUCCAUCAAUUUGCAAAUUCGAGUUAUUCAUAUAUUAAUCAAAUCAACAUGUGGUUUUGUUUUGUUUUGAAAGAUAUGUUUCUUUACUUCUGCUGUAAGUUGAUCAAUCACGUUUCUAUAAUAUUUUUUAAAAAAAAAUCUUCAAUUGCAUAAAACUACUACACCAUCUUUGUCUCCUAAGAGAAUUUGAACGCCUCAUGUGGUCUAUCGUGUCUUGAUUAAAUCAUCUCCACAUGUUAAUCUGAGCUUUAGUUUUGGAGCCAUGCAUGUGGAAGUUUUGCAAACAUGUUUGCCUUAGAUUCUCAAGUCUCUUAGUUCAAGUCUAAAUGGUUUUUCUCUUUUCUUGGAGAAGUUACUUUUUUGACAGAAGAAGAAGAAGAAAAGGCAAAACAGAGAAAGCGAGUAAAAGAAGUGAAAGAAUGAUGCUGAGCUGGCUCUAAGUUGAUGAGGUGGAAGUGCAGUUGAAACUUGAAAGUUCUUUGGAGUAUUUGACAUUUGUUAACACAAUCGAUUAAACGCUGCGUUUAAGCACCGAACCGGUGCGUUUAUAAUUUGAGAUAAACCGGUGCGUUUAGAGUAUGGGCACGUGCGGCAUUGAUUGGAAGAUUUAUAUUUUGGGCCAUGUCUUCAGUUCUCUGUACGUGAUUCUCAAGCUCAAUCGAUGUCAUACAAAAAAAUCUAUCUAAAACAAAUCAAACAAAAUCUAAAGUAAAUCUUUCCUUUUUCUCACAAACCUCAACGGCUACAUAAUUUCUGAGGUAAAUCUUUCCUUUUUUUCACCGCACAUCAAAGAAAAGUCUAUAAAUAUAUCAAACUCCAAUUCACAAAGUUUCUCACUCAAUUUCAUUUGUUUUCUUCUUUCUCCUUCGUGUGCGAUAGAAAAGAAAACAACAACUUCUUUCGAGAAAUCAACAAGAAAAGCUCACCAUGCGAUCACCUCGUCCUUCCUCUUGUUCCAAGUGCUCUUCUGCUUCUUCUUCUUCUUCUAGUUAUUCACGCGCUGCAACGAGUUUGAACAGCAGACUCUUGACGGUAUUCAAGAAAGCACAAGAGCUUACUACUCUCUGUGAUAUCGAAGCCUGCGUCAUUCAUUACGGACCUGACGGCGAACUCAAGACAUGGCCUGAGGACAGAGACAAAGUGAAAGACUUGGCUCUCCGCUACAUUCAAUUAGACAAAGCCAAGAGACGCAAGAAAAGCGUCAAUCUUCACGAGUUCCUCAACAAGAUGGAGGAUAAGAAGACGAUGCUUCAUAAGUUCAAGAAGAGGGCGAAGAAGAAUGUUGAAGAACUAAAGUAUCCAAUCUCUGUUCACUACUCUCCCGACCAAAUCAACCAACUGAUUCAGUCCUUGGAACUAAGUUACUCUAAGUUGCAAGAAAGACAUCGUUUUCUUGCGGCAAAGAAACAGAACGAAUCUUUGAACCCUAACCAGUUCAAACAGUUACCACAAGAGUCUGUCUUGAAAAAUCAUGAGGUUUGUGUUAAUGAUCAGAACAACAACUUUCAACAUCUUUGCGUUUCAGCGGUUCAAGAAUCUGGGGGGUCAGAUUAUCAGUUGAUGAUGCCUUAUAGUGGUGGCUAUGAUCAGAGCAUGUGUACGGUUAACAACUUUCAAGAUCCUUGCGUCUCAAACAUACAAGAUUACUCAGUGUUCCCACCAGAGUUACAAGAAUCUGUGAGUAACUACGCGUUUAAUCAGUUGAUGCAGCAUGAGCUUUUUGGCUUUGAUCAGAAUAUGUGUAUGGGUGAUACUACCAACAGCUUCAACGUUGUAGAUCCUUGUCUCUCAGAUGACUUCUGCUUUGAGUUUCAGGACCCUUAUGGUGCUAAUAUGGUCGGUAACCCUAGCUUCUCUCAAGAUUUUUAUCCUGAUAUGUCUUCAAGCUCUGUUGAUGAGAACAGACUACUUCAGGCAUCUACUCUACCAUCUCUCUAGCUCCGACCUUCCUAACGAAAACUAUGAGAUUCCCUAGCAAUUUACCUGAUAAAAUUGGCUGAUCAUGGAAAGAAAGUGAAGCUGUUUAUGCAUCUGCAUGUUUUUAUUUUGAAUAUGCAUAUAUUAAUAAAAUGUAUAAGACAGAAGUUUUUGUUCUGUUUAGGUACACUAUUAUUCAUAUAUUUUUAACAAAAUCUCACUGAAUUUCAAUGGACUAUUUUAUUUAGAAACAUUGGUGAUAUGUAUAAUAAUUUUUUUUUUUGGUGAUA